GAACAAAGGGAGUAUUUAUCUGGAUACAUCGUGUUCGCUCAGUUCGUGAUAGAAUCAUAGAAUCUAUCCAUAAGCCUACCGGCACAGUUGUAAGAUCACUGGAAAGAUUGCAAGACAACAUCACAUUGAGAAGGAGCAGAACACAAAUAUGGCAGUUCCUCCUGGAAAGACACCAAUCAGCUUCUUGCAGGAAUAUGCAACAAAAAAUGCGAUCACCCCACAAUAUGAUUUGAUUGCAAACGAGGGUGCUGUCCAUGAGCCAACAUUCAUCAUGCGAGUCUCAGUUGGUGAUCGCGCUGUUGCAAAUGGGAAAGGAUCCAGUAAGAAAAAGGCAAAACAUGCUGCGGCUCAAAGUGCCCUGAAUAUUCUGAUGGGUGUCUCAAAUGGCCAGGAGGAAGCAGUUAAGGAUGAACCAAAUACCCCUGCUGCCCCAGCACAAUCCAAGGAUGAUGAAGUUGGCAACCCCAUUGGCGAGCUGCAGGAGUUUACGCAAAAAAAGCUAUUGAAACCGCCCAUCUAUGAAUUUGUAACUGAACAAGGCCCUCCCCAUGCCAGGGAGUUUAUCUGCAACAUCAAACUGGGAAAAUUUGUUGAUAAAGGCACUGGACGUUCAAAGAAAACUGCCAAGCGCACAGCAGCUGCUAGAAUGUUGGAGCAGCUCCGUGCUCUUACCCAGGACAAGGAAUCCGAGAAGCAACUUGAUGACUCAGAUGAGGACGAAGAAAUCCCACUGGGUUUUGACUCCAAGACGUCCUACUCCAGCCUGAAGCAGUCAAAGGGAAACAAAAAUCCUGUGAGCCCCCAGUCUGCCCUGGAAAUUCAACGAUUUUACGAGAAAGUGAUGAUUGCAGGAGGCAAGCAGGUCAGGGGCCAAGGACAGUCCUUGACUCCACCCACCAAUUAUUGUCAGAUGCUGCAAGAGAUCGCUGAAGUCCAGCGCUUUGAGGUGCAGUACUUUGACAUCAAGGAUGACAGCACUCUGGGCAUGAACCAGUGCCUGGUGCAGCUGUCCACAGUUCCUGUGGCAGUGUGCCAGGGUACAGGCCCCAUCAUGGACGAGGCCCACGCCAACGCAGCGCACAAUGCCCUGCAGUACCUGCGCAUCAUGAUCAAAUAACCAUGGUGCCCAGGAGAUGCCAUAGCCUCAUGCUGGCCAAGCUGAGAAUGAAUGGGACUGAUGCUUCAAGCACUAGCUACAAAACUAAGCCUUGUUACUUUAUGUGUGGUUAAGACGGGGGUUCAAAAGUAAAUACUCAUAUAAACUAGGCUAUAUUAUUAGUUACAGGAGGGGGGCAAAGUUGGACUGUCUCUUUGUAAGAGCUUCGAAGAAUUUCAAGUUUCUAUAAACUUUUUUAAAUUAAGGUUUUGAAAAUUUAGUUUCAUGAUUUGGAGUUAUUUUCAUAUGUGUGGAUUUGGUACAGUCACUGCUGUAUUGAUAUUUCUAGUACAGUCGUGUGGGAGAGUGACCGUGUCUAGUCUUGCCAUGCUGUUGUCAGUAUUUUGAAAAGUAUUGAACAAAGUAUUGUGAGUCACAGACUUUUUUUCUUUGUUUUUGCAGGAAAAAUCUAUGGGAUUUCAGAAAAAGAUAGGAUGCAUUGUACUGGCUAGUUUAAGUGGUCCACCUUGAAGCUGUUGGUCCAGGUUUGCUAAGCUUGGAGAUGGGCGUGAGACUAUGUGAUAUCCUGGGAUGUGCCAGGCUUGAGAGAAAGAGUGAGCGAAAGAGGAGUGACUUUGUGUUGUUUUGUAAACGCUUUACUUUGUGCUGUUGCUUGAUAUUCUUCUAUUGAUUUCUUCAUGUUCGUUGUUGUCAGAAAAUUUGUACUUUUUGAAAAAAAUCAGACUUAUUGGUAUGGGGUUGAAGAGCAUUUUUGUGCGUGAUGUCUUCACCUGUAUUCAAUGUUUCGUUUUGAUUUGAUCUAAGUUUAUGUCACUACCAAACAGAAUCAUAAAGUUUUUCUGUUGAAACAUGUUCACCCAGUAGCUACGUCCUAAUUCACUGCUCUGACUGAUGAAAGGCCACGGCACUCGGUACUUCAUCUCAUCAUCCCCUUGAGAAGCAUAGCCAAAUGUUACAAUUCUUAUUGUUGUUGUAUGGUGUCUCAGAUGUCACCCUUUGCUGUCAGACAAUUCAGGCAAAAGGACUGUCUGCUGUUGCCGAUACUAAUUUGGUUUAUAUAAGAAAGAUACAUCCCUUUUAUGGAUGACUGGAGAUGCUUUCAAGUUUUUGGCGGAUUUGACUUCAGUGUGUUUGCCUUGAAGAAUUAAUUUUUAAAGUAUUUUUUUCAUAUUCACAUGGUGGUUCUAUGACAAAUGAAGCCAUGUUCCCUCAUUGUUCAUGAAUUUCAUUACUAUUUUUUGGUCAGUUACGUCCUGUAUCUGUGAACAGAACUUUUCCAAAUUUUAAAAGGUUGCAACUUAUUGUGUUGCAAGUGCCGUAAAGCUCUUACUGAAACUAAACCAGAUUAGUAUUAUGAGAGCAUAGAUUUGGUUUCCUCUAGCUGCAUGGACACAUAGUAGGUCCUACUCUUACAGUUUGAGGAAGCAAUGAGUAAAGGUACCAGUAUAUUUUGUUUUCUUUUUCUGUUUUCUGUCCAGAGUCUUUAGGCUUUCUGUUCUUAAAAAUGUGCUCCACAAAGCUGUGUGCGCUUUGUUGAAGGCUAAUUGAGCAUUGAUAGACAAAUUUCCUUAAUUUUGCUUGAAAAGGCAUUUCUUUUUUAAGACUGUUUCAUAGCAUACACUACUUUUUUGGCUGAAUUCUGUGUCAAUAUCGUUUAGGUGUGAAUCCUUAUGUCUGUUCUAUUUCUUGAUUAUGGUAGCCUUUAUCUUCUCCCAGUGUAAAGAAGAACCAUUCAAAUUAAUGUGGACUUUUUAAAUGUGUGAUUUAAUCACAGUUCACUCAGGAUACAUGCAUUUACAUUCUAACAAACUUGAUCAAUUCUGUGUCAUCUCCAGUCGCCAUCACCGUGUUGAUGCAGGGACUGGAUGAUAUGGCCUCAUUUUUCACUCACUAUCAUUUUUAUAGGAUCCUGGAAGGUGUCCUUUAUUUAGAUGUAAGGGCAGAUGCUACUUGAUGUCACUAGAUGUGGAAAGAAAGGGAAAUAAAGGUUGUGAAUGGUCUGUUUUGUUUUUAUGCUUUUUUUGGAGGUGUUUUAAACAUUUCAUUUAUUUAUUAUAUUUUGAGCUUGAAUCUAGAUCUGGGUUGUUCAUGGUAAGUUCUUGAUCAUAACUAUUUCGGUAUAAGCGGUUUGUUGCUAUAAAUCCAGUGUUGAGGCAGGUAAUUUUGGUGCAGGUGAUAUAGGUUCAAAUGUUUUUAGUGUGUUAACUUUUCCUCUUAAACUCAACCUUGUUUGCAAGAAAUAAAACAUGAGCAUUGGGAUUGGGUUGUUUUUUUCAUCAGGUAAAGAUUUCAAAUUGGUUUACUGAUUAAGCAUAUUUUGACACUGUGGCUUUCUUUUUCAUUUGAAAAUAAAGAGAACAGGCUGUUUUUCUUUCCUUAGGAUUGUGUUAGCUUGUGUUUGUGUGGUACAUCAUGUGGGCUAUGUUCUUCAGACAAAUAACUUUUUCACAUCCAAUUCUUUUCUAUGGACACUGACAGCAUUUGCAUCUGUCAAGCUCCUAGUUAAGAGUUUUGUUCUCCCUGUCUUAUCGCUGAUGACUGGCAUUGAACGUACAGAUAUGUCAUCAUGGACGUUGAAUGCUGGGCUUUGUUUUGUCAUCUUUCAGUUCAUUUCUUUGAGAAUUCUUUUUUAAACUUUUCUUUCUGGAAAUAGAUACUUUCAAUUUGUUUUUGGUUUUGAAAGAGUAAGACAGAAAAUUUAAGUUAGAUUAAACUUUCAACUCAUCAUAAGGGUUUUGACAAGAUUUGGAUUUGAAUGCCUGGUACUGUAAUUUCAGAGAUUAAAUGCAAAAGUUGAUCUUUUCAAACGGUAUGUUUGUACACAAAAUGGACUUCGAGAAUUUUUUUUUUUUUAAAUUUUAAGUUAAAGGAAAGACUAGUCCUUUUCUUUACUGGUUUUGACAGAAUAUAUGCUAUACCUUUUGUGUGUUGACCAGAAAGUAUGUUUCUUGAGGAUUGUAUAAGUAAUACAGCGGAAGUUAUUAAUAGUGAAAUAUGCCCAGUUCAUCUUGAUAGUUUGACGUUUUUCAUAGAUUGCCUGAUGUUGAUUCAGGGAGGAUAGUAAUCUUAUGUUGUCUAAGUACAGAGCUCUCUAAACAAUAUUUAGACGAUAAUCAAAAUAUUUGAAAUGUACAGCUCUCAUGCCAUUAGAACAGGACAUCUUUUAUUCACUUAUUUGAAGGAUAUUUUUACACGAUUAUUUCAUAAUAUCUGAACCAUUGAUAAUCUUUCACAUUUGUUUUUUGGUUUUGCUUUUGUCAUGUUCAUUAGAACCUCAAAUACAUUUGUGGAAACUUAUUUAUUGCUUUGGCUUGUAAGGGAACAUUCUCCAUUUUACAAACAAUGAUGACCACUGCGUGUGUGUGUUUAUCGAUCUAUCGUUGCUGCGUUGCUUCUGUGUCAGGAGUAACCAAGCCAGUUGAAAGUCUCCACUUGAAACUGUGAGGUAUUUCUUGCCAACUUGUGGAUUUUUGGGUUAAAAUUAUUUUUUUUAUUGCCAUCACUUCCAUCAUUGUGUAGUGAGAAGUGCACAGCACUUUGUUGUUGUCUGUGCUGUGUUUACUGAACUUUUCCUACCGCUUUACUUUAUGGUAUGGGGGGAGGAGGUGGGGUUAUGCUUUUCGUCUUUGUUUUUUCUGUGUCAUUUGGUGUAUUUGCUCUUAAAUUUGUUUUGUGUGUUAAUGCAAUUGUAAAAAGUGCAUGUUUCCUUGUAAGCCACUCCUAGACUGCCAAGUUUCUACAUCAAGAAUGAAUAAACUGGUACUUCCACAA